CAGAUUUCCGGGCCUCUCAGUUUCAUCCUCUGCAAUCAGCCAAAUCUUUCUCUGGUACCCCUCAUAGUCUGAAGCAACUGAACCGGGAACUAAGAACAUCAAUGGAGGGCAAAUACAAGGAAAUAGCAGAGGAACUUUUCAGCCGCUCCCUUGCUGACAGUGAAAUGCGUUCUGCUCCAUAUGAAUUUCCAGAGGAGAGCCCUAUUGAGAAACUCGAGGAAAGAAGGCAGCGGUUAGAACGUCAAAUAAGCCAGGAUAUCAAACUUGAGCCUGAUAUUUUACUUAGAGCAAAACAGGACUUUCUGAAAAUUGACAGCAGCUCAGACUUAGAGUCAUAUAAAGAGGAACAUGAAGAUUUAGUUGAUUACUUCCUAAAGGAAAUUCCUCUUGAACGGGAAUAUCAGAGAGUGUCCAUUUCGGGUGAUGAGAAAUGUGGAGUUCCAUUUACAGAUUUGUUGGAUGCAGCUAAAAGUGUGGUGCGGGCUUUAUUCAUUCGACAGAAAUACAUGAAUCUGUCCAUGCAGAGUUUUUGCAGGACCACUUCUCUCAACACCUUAAGCAGCUCAGUGAUGAGACUCUAGAGAGUCCACUCCAUGAAGAAACAGCUGAUACUCCUGUAGCUGAAGAUGCCCCUGUUCAUCCUCCCUUCUCUCACCAGCACCCAUAUGAAGUAUGUGAUCCAAGCACUAUGCCUUCUGACUUGGAUUUUGGACUGAAGAUGGUCAAUGGUGUGAUUCAUGUGUACACAAAGCGAGAUAUUACAGAUGCGACAACUGAGCUUGACCUUCCAUACCCAGAUCUGCAGGAAUUUGUAGCGGAUAUGAAUGUCCUUAUGGCUCUUAUUAUUAAUGGCCCCAUUAAGUCUUUCUGCUACCGUCGGCUGCAGUACCUGAGCUCCCGCUUCCAGAUGCAUGUUCUUCUCAAUGAACUGAAAGAGCUAGCAGCUCAAAAGAAGGUCCCUCACAGAGAUUUCUACAAUAUACGUAAGGUGGACACUCAUAUACAUGCAGCUUCCUGUAUGAACCAGAAGCAUCUUCUACGGUUUAUUAAACGGGCUAUGAAAAAGAACAAUGAAGAAAUUGUGUUUGAAGAAGGUGGAAAAGAGCAGACACUGCACCAAGUCUUCCAGAAUAUGAACCUAAAAGCAUAUGACCUGAGUGUAGACACGUUGGAUGUGCAUGCGGAUAGAAAUACUUUCCAUCGCUUUGACAAGUUCAAUGCCAAAUAUAACCCAGUAGGUGAAUCUGUUCUUAGGGAAAUCUUCAUCAAGACAGAUAACAAGGUGUCUGGAAAAUAUUUUGCUCACAUCAUCAAGGAAGUGAUGUCUGACCUGGAGGAGAGCAAAUAUCAGAAUGCAGAACUCCGCCUAUCGAUAUAUGGUCGAUCUCGCAAUGAAUGGGACAGUUUAGCUCACUGGGCUGUCAGUCAUAAAGUACACUCAAACAACGUUCGAUGGCUUGUGCAAGUCCCGCGACUUUUUGAUGUGUUUCGGAGUAAAAAGCAGAUUAAUAAUUUCCAGGAGAUUUUGGAGAACAUUUUCCUGCCUCUUUUUGAAGUCACUGUGAAUCCUGCUAGUCAUCCAGAAUUGUACCUGUUUUUAGAACAUGUGGAUGGAUUUGACAGUGUAGAUGAUGAAUCAAAACCUGAGCAUCAUAUAUUUAAUAUGGAGAGUCCUCUGCCUGGGAACUGGAGAGAGGAUGACAACCCACCUUAUUCCUAUUACUUGUAUUACAUGUUUGCCAACAUGACCGUUCUGAACCACUUGCGCAGGCAACGUGGGUUUCAUACUUUUGUACUGAGACCACAUUGUGGGGAAGCAGGACCUAUUCACCACCUUGUAUCUGGAUUUAUGCUGUCACAGAACAUCUCACAUGGACUUCUACUCCGCAAGGCUCCAGUUUUGCAAUAUUUAUACUACCUGGCACAGAUUGGCAUCGCUAUGUCUCCUUUAAGCAAUAACAGUCUGUUUCUGAGCUAUCACAGGAAUCCUCUCCCUGAUUUCUUGUCACGUGGCCUUAUGGUAUCACUGUCCACAGAUGACCCUCUGCAAUUUCAUUUCACAAAGGAGCCUUUGAUGGAAGAAUACAGCAUUGCAACCCAAGUAUGGAAACUGAGCUCAUGUGAUAUGUGUGAGCUGGCAAGAAACAGUGUUUUAAUGAGUGGAUUUCCUCACAAGGUCAAAAGUUACUGGCUGGGCCCCAAUUAUGUUCGUGAAGGUCCAGAGGGGAAUGAUAUCAGAAGAACCAACGUACCUGAUAUUCGAGUUGGAUAUCGCUACGAGACUCUUUGUGAAGAACUUGCACUAAUUACGCAGGCUCUGCAGAGUGAGGAACUGGAGACUAUUCCAGAAGAAAUGCUGUGUAUGGGAGCCGGACUAGAAAGUAACACCAAAGGAGAUGUCUGUAGUAUGGGAGAAGAGAAGAAUUAA